AUGAGUGGGAACUACUUACAAAACGUGGGCAAGUGGAUAAUAUUGCUCAGCGUGUGUCUGAUAACAAUCUGGGGAAGAGUGAGUCUGGCUUCAACCCAUCAUCGAAGCCACUCAGUUGUGCAUGUUAAAGCUGGAACAUGUGAGGUGAUUGCUGCCCAUCGAUGCUGUAAUAAGAACAAGAUCGAGGAACGCUCCCAGACAGUGAAAUGCUCCUGCUUUCCUGGACAGGUAGCUGGGACAACACGAGCGGCCCCAUCCUGUGUUGAUGCCUCCAUCGUCGUUCAGAAGUGGUGGUGCCACAUGGAACCAUGCUUGGAGGGUGAGGAGUGUAAGGUUCUCCCAGAUCUGAGUGGUUGGAGCUGUAGCACCGGAAAUAAAGUCAAAACCACCAAGACUGGGAAUAAAAUGCACAAGAAAGAACUACCUGGGGAGCAAUGUCAAGUAAUGGCCUUGUUUCCUACAAACAGCAAAGAAUACAGGCAGCUAAGGACAAAGGGCAAGCUAGAAAGACCGAGCAGUCCCAACAAAACUGGGCAAUUCAUCCUUGCGCACACUGUGGAAAGCCAUGGAGGUCUUCAUUCGGGCUUCACAGCCACUGCAGGAUGCACACCAGAUGACUCCAUGCAUUGUCCAUACCUUCAGCUGACUGGGGCUCUCAGCUCUGGAAUUCCCUACCUGAACCUCUCCGCUCCUGUCUGCUCCUUUAAAUUGCUCCUUAAAAUCUAUCACUUUGACCGAGCUUUUGUUAAUGUGACCUAG